GGCAUUGGACCCCGCCGUCAUGGGGGGCUUCGCCAAGUACGAGAAGGUCAGAGUUCGUCCAUCCAGCCAAACCUACCUGCAUGCCUCAACCCCAUCCCAGGACUGUGUCAUCUAUAAAAGUACAGCAUAUUUCUAUCCCUCUCCUCUCUACAGGCUUUCUUCACUGAGGAGUACAACUUGCAACACCCAGAGGACAGAGAUAAACUGGAUCGCCUGAAAGACCUCAUCGCAUGGCAGGUACUGUACGCACACACACACACACACACACACACACAUACACACACAGGCACGUGCACCGACACAUGUACAAGCAUACACACAAACACUUGUUUACGUCUCUUGUAGAUCCCGUUGCUGGGUGGAGGAAUCUCUCUACAUGGGAAGAGAGUGACAGACGACCUACGACCUUUCCACGAGCGCAUGGAGGAGUGCUUCAAGCAUAUGAGGAAGAAGGUGGAGAAGGAGUAUGGAGUGAGGGAGCUGGUAAGAGAAAGAGUGAAAUGGAAGGAGAAAAGGAGAGUGUUUGUGUGAGGCCUGAUAGGCUAGCUGAAGGGAGAUAGUAUCUGGGCAGAGGAUAAUUUCUAUCUGAAAAAAUAUUUUAUGAAAAGAGCUGUAGGAAUGAUACUAGCUUAACUCCUGUUUGUGAAAAGCAUUGUAUUAACUCUCUCUUUAUCGCUCUCUUUCAUCCAACUUCCCCUUUGAUCUUUUGUCUCAUUUUUCUCCAUCCCUCUCUUUUCCCUCUUUGCCAUGCCUCGUUCAUAGCCGGAUAUGGAUGAGAGGAAGUCAACUCGUCCGCGCUCUGUCCUUCGCUCCUUCCGUCAGUCCAUCAUCUCCAUCUCUUCCCUACAGGGGUCUGAGUGUGGGACCCCCACCAAGCCUUACCCAGACAGGUAACACACACUCACAAACACACACACACUCACAUUUUAAAUACUUUAUUUGAAGCCGCCAAUCAAAAUGACAUUAAAAAAGGAUCCAAACAUUUCAAAGGUCCCUGUAUGCAUGACACUCAAGGGUACAGAAAGCAUCUCCUUCUCCAAACAGCUAGGCUGCCCACGACAGCUGAAACAGAGCAGUACCUAGCCAACUGCUUCGCCCUAGUUUUUGUCAGGCCCGCAAUCUGGAGUCCAUGCACUGCAAGCCUGUGUACGUGGCCGAGACUGCCAAAUAUCAGUGCCACCAGCUUGCACCUACACUCGAGGCUGUCCAAGCGUGCCACGAGGGGCUGGUAUGUAAGAAACUUGUCGACAAAGGCCUGCUCCAUGUAGCCAUCAAAUGAGCAACCCACUUUCAAAAUGAGCACCUCCCCCUGGCCUCCCCCCACAACAGCAACAUUUGGCGUAUUUGGCACACAGGAAAACACAUUAUCAUCAAACCAGCUUCCUCUUACACAAGAAUGUUUAUGGAGGUGUGCUGUUGGUGAGACUACCUGUCUCACCUCGCUGACUAUCAGGUCGACAAGGUGAUCGUGUCUAGCAAUGUACAAAUCCUUGUAUAAACAGCAACCAUUCCCAAUAUGGGAAACAGACUCACAGACACACACACACACACAGAUGCAAAUCCACACACAUGGAUGCAAACAUGCAACCAUACUGUAUACACAAACACACACCUUACCCCCCUCUCUCUCCCUCUUCUUUCUCCCCCCACCCUCCCUCCCCAGUGGUCUCCCUGAUACGGCGGCCCCCCAGACCCCCACCCUGCAGCGCUCCAGUGGCAGUGUGAGCAUGGGGGACGAGGGAGGGGCAGAGGGGGAGGUGAAACUCCGGAACUCCAAGAAGAGAAGGAAAAGGAGCAGCAUGAUCUUCAUCCCAGAGGAGAGAGACAGGACCAACACACUGGACAGCAAACGGGUGAGAGAGAGUGAGAGAGAGAGAGAGAGGGAGGAGGGGGAGAAAGGGAGAGAGAGAGAGAGGCAGAGGAGAGGGGGAGAGAGGAGAGAAGGUGGAGGAGAGGGGCGACAGACGAGAGGAGAGAAAGGAGAGAGCGGGGAGAGAGAAGAGAGAGAACAGGGUGGAGAGGAGGGGAGAGUGAGAUGAGAGAGAGAGCGAGAGAGGAGGAGAGAGACCUCGAGACGACGGAGGGAGGGACGCUGAGACGAGAGAGCAGACAGGAGAGGAGAGUUUAGGAAGAGGAACUGAAAGCGAGAGGAGACGGCAGGCUGUAGGAGACGAGAGAGAGGAGAGGAGAGAGAAGAAAAGGUAGGGAGAGAGAGAGGAUGUUGGGGGAGAUAGAAGCCGAUAAGUGCAAUGUUGUUUUACAGGGUCAGCCACUGUUUCAAAGAAAACCUUUCAAAACAAAGAGGAAAAAAUAGGAGAGUAUUUGGACAUCAGUAGAGGGGAGGACCAUCCUCUUCAGUGAAUUUCAUUUAAAUAAUUGAUUAAAACACACUAUUUUGUAAAGAAGGUCUACAGUAGCCUCAAGAGCACUCUGUAGGGUAGCGACAUGGUGUAUUCGGAGGACAGCAAGCUUCCGUCCUCCUCUGGGUACAUUGACUUCAAUACAAAAGCUAGGAUGCUCAUGGUUCUCACCCCCUUCCAUAGACUAACACAGUAAUUAUAACAACUUCCGGAGGACGUCCUCCAACAUACCAGAGUAAAAAAAAAGCUUAAUUCAAUUGUUGCCAGCACUACAGUUACAGUCACCAAUGCUCUGGAUAACAUGAAAACAGCCUAACCAGCACUGCUAGGGUGAGUAAAAUGGUCAGAGUGAGGUGUUCUCUCAUUUGUGUCUGGAAGUAGCUAGCAAGCUAGCCAAUGUUAGCCAGUUAGCUUGGGUGCUUGACUGCCAUUGUGAGGUCAGAACGCUCAGAUCAACCCUACUCCUCCACCAGAGCGUCCAGUGUGCGCUCUGAAUGCUCAGAGACCAAAACGCUCUGAAUUUAUGAACAGACAAUCUGACAAUCUGACAAUGCUCUGAAUUUACGAACGCCCAGAGCAAACUCUGAGUGCACUCUGGCACUCCAGAUUGAAUUGACGAUGUGGGCUGUGUGUAGCAGUUUGGCUUGGAAAUCUUUUUUCGUCUGGUCACAUACAGCUGAUGUGUUGUGCAUUGAAGUCCACAAGCGAAGGGAAGAGGUGAGAGGAGGAGAGUGCAUAGAUGCGAGAAGGAAUACAAUGUGGCUGUGUGUUUACGCGUGAUCAGGGGUAUAUUCAUUCCGCCGAUUCUGUUGUAAAACGUUUCUUAAACGGAAGCAAAUGGAACAAAACGGGGAUAAACAUACCUGAAUUUGUCCAAUACAAAUUUGUCUCUCAACCUGUGUGCACUUACGCUGUAAACUUUAAUUCAUAGUCUAGGUUGUAGCAACCUCAUGAUGGUUAUAGGGAAAAUGUGAGUAUCAUGUAGUAGCCUAAACCUAUCGCUGUUACAUUAAACUGGGUGAAUGGAAUAUGAAUAACAGUCAUCCAAUAUGCUGUAUAGAAAUAAGGCCAUGCUCAUUUUUUAAAAUAUCGUCCUCCCUCAUCUUAAACAGCACUGACUGCCACUGUUGGACAUGCCUGUAAACUCCUGCUGCAUAACAGUAUCAGUGAGACACUGCUCUCUGUCUCCCUCUAGCUGUCCAAGAAGCAGGAGUUCCGCAGUGACACCAAUCUGUCUGAACCUGGCUGUCAAAGAAAUGUCUUUCUCACCAACGCCAACUCCAGAUCUCUGCCUGCUAUUACAGGUACAACACACAAACACACACACACACAUGCACACACACACACACACACACACACACACACACACACACACACACACACGCACACUCCCUCACACACACACCCUCUCCCUGUCCGCAGGUCUGUCUCUGUCUGUGGCCAAUGGUAGUGAGGAAGCGGAGUCAGCCCGGUCCAGAAGGGACAGUAAGAGCAUGUCUGUGUGUCUUCCUGGAGACCGCACCGCUGACAGACGCUCCAAAGGGGUCAUCAACCUGCUCUUCGGGACCAAGGUACACACACACACACUCAACAACAAUUAGGUACAUUGUGUGUUCUAUCGAAAGGGAUGUAUGUUUAUGUUUGUUCCAACAGAGCAUCAAGUCUGAGCAACAGGAAAACAAGUCGUCUACUGAUCCAAGCAACAAGAAAGCCAGUCAUUUC